AUGAAAUCAACACUAAGGUUAACGGACAAUGUUGUCCAAAAUAUGGGUAUAGGAAAAUUACAUAAAGAUGAUAAUUCAAGUGUUAUAAACUCGAUGGAUUUUAAUAAAGAUGGAUCAUUACUUAUAACAGCAUCAGAUGACGAAUCAAUACAUUUAUACAAUAUAGAUACAGGAGAAUUACAAAAAACAUUAAAUAGUAAAAAAUAUGGAGUUGACUUAAUUAAAUUUACACAUAAUAAUAAUUCAAUCAUAUGUGCAUCAAAAAAUUCUUGGGAUGAAUCAUUAAGAUAUUUAUCAUUACACGAUAAUAAAUAUUUAAAAUAUUUUAAAGGUCAUAGAAAUAAGGUUGUUUCAAUAUCAAUGUCACCAAUUAAUGAUAUGUUUUUAUCAGGAUCAUUAGAUGAUACUAUUAGAAUGUGGGAUUUAAGAACUAAUGUUUGUCAAGGUUUAUUAAGAAGAAAUGGAAGACCAGCAGUUUCAUUUGAUCCUCAAGGUAUUAUUUUCGCAACAGCAGUUUCAGUAAAUACAAUUAAAUUAUAUGACCUUAGAAAUUAUGAUAAAGGUCCUUUCUCUUCUUUUUCAAUAGAUCAUCCAAUACCUGUAGAAUGGACUUCAAUGAAAUUCACUGCUGAUGGAAAAUAUAUUUUAUUAUCUACUAAAACUAAUAUUAUCUUUUUAAUUGAUUCCUUUACUGGUGAAGUUAAACAAAGAUAUACAAGUUUUAAAAAUGAUAAUGGGUCAGUUAUUGAAUCAUCAUUUUCACCAGAUGCUCAAUACGUUUUAUCUGGAAGUGAGGAUGGAACUGUCCAUAUUUGGAAAACUUUAACAGGUGAGGAGGUUGCAGUUUGGGGUGGUCAUUCUUCAACGGUUGGUAGAGUACAAUGGAAUCCAAGAUCAAUGAUGGCUGCUACUGCAUGCAGUAAUUUGGCAUUUUGGAUUCCGAAUGAUUCCGUUUUGUAA